ACCCGGAGAAGACGGGGUUGUCAUGGAGCUGUGGGGCCGGGCUCGCGCAUGCGCCACUUGACGCGCCGGGCCGGUCGUGGAGCAGCGACCCUGGCCCUAGGGCGAUCCAGAUGAAAAGAGUACCAGGAACUCGCUUCCAGCCUAAUAAAACAUGGAGAGGAAAAUCCCAUCCAGAGAGAGCCCCAGAAGACUCUCGGCCAAGCUAGGCAGAGGAACAGAGAUGAAAAAAGGGACUCGUCAACUUGGCGUGGUGGCUGCAGAGUCAGAUAAGGACUCUGGAUUUUCAGAUGGGAGCUCAGAAUGUCUGAGCUCCGCAGAGCAGAUGGAGUCCGAGGACAUGCUGAGCGCCUUAGGCUGGAGCGGAGAAGACAGGCCACGGCAGAGCUCCAAAGCUGCCAGCAAUGCCUUCCCUACACUGUCCCCCAUGGUCGUCAUGAAGAACGUUCUGGUCAAACAGGGCAGCAGCUCAUCCCACCUCCAAUCGUGGACCGUCCAGCCCUCCUUUGAAGUGAUCUCGGCACAGCCACAGCUCUUUGUCCUUCACCCACCUGUGCCAUCGCCAGUCAGCCCAAGUCACGCCAGUGAGAAAAAAUCAGACUCCAGAAACUACUUGCCCAUUCUGAAUUCUUAUACCAAAAUAGCCCCACACCCUGGCAAAAGGGGCCUUUCCCUCAGCCCAGAAGAAAGAGGAGCAAGUGGAAUACAGAAGAAAAUCUGUACCGAGAGACUGGGGCCUGGCUUGUCUUCCAGCGAGCCGUCCAAGACCGGCGCGGCCCCGUCCAGUCCCUCCGCUCCGGCCCCAGCCAGUGCCAAACUCGCUGAAGACUCGGCCCUGCAGGGUGUGCCCUCCCUGGUGGCAGGUGGAAGUCCACAGACUCUUCAACCAGUGUCCAGCAGCCACGUGGCUAAAGCUCCCAGCCUGACCUUCGCGUCCCCCGCCAGUCCUGUCUGUGCCUCAGACAGUACUCUGCAUGGCUUGGAGAGCAGCUCUCCCCUCUCGCCACUGUCAGCCCAUUACAGCUCACCUCUGUGGGCUGCAGAGCACCUCUGCCGCAGCCCGGAUCUCUUUUCAGAGCAGCAGCAGAGCAAACACAGGCGCUUUCAGAACACCCUGGUAGUCCUACACAAAUCUGGUUUGCUGGAGAUCACUUUGAAAACCAAGGAGUUGAUUCGUCAGAACCAGGCAACUCAGGUGGAACUAGAUCAGUUGAAAGAGCAAACCCAGCUGUUCAUAGAGGCCACCAAGAGCAGGGCUCCUCAGGCUUGGGCCAGGCUGCAGGCAUCUCUGACGUCUGGGUCCAGUCAUUCUGGCAGUGACCUAGAAACAUUCUCUGAUCACCCAGACAUAUAGCCCAGGAAGCAUAUCUUCCAGAGAUUUGAAUGGUUCUUUUAAUUCUUGCUGUUACCUGCACCUGUGUCCCCAAGCUUAUUUAAGAACUCUUCCUUCUAAACUCACUCAUGAAGCCACAUGCUCUCCCCUGGCUGCUGUUUGAACCUGUGGUCCAUGCACAGGUUAUGUAUGUCUGCGCCAUUGAGGACCUCCGAUUCCAAGUGUCUUUUAGUCCCCUUUCCUUAGCCUACAAGCACAUACCUGGAUCACGGGGCAGAGCAGGGGAGAUGAUUGUGUGGGACUCCACUGUUACCUCCCUCCAUCCCACUUGCUGCCAGAUCAGGGGUGCCAUAACAUGCAUGAGCAGAGUGACACCUGUCGAGUCAGAGAGUAGGCGACACAAGGAUGGCUUCAUAGAUCCUCCCUUGAGUGUCUUAGUCACAGAGAAGACAAAAAUAAGAGGAGGUGUAUUUGCCUCCCACAAGGCAUCAAGCCAGCUGGGUGAGACCGAAAAGGCUUGAGGCACAGGCCGCAUCUGGUGCAAGCAGUUAAUCAUGUAACUCUUUGUUUUCUUAGACUUGAAAGUCAGGGGAAAGGGUAGGACAGUUUGACUCAUACACUUUAAUCACAAGCCAGAUUUCGCUUAAACGAGUGGGCAAAACACUUCAGAUGCUUAAGGUAUGGAAUAGGUUCAGUACCAUCUGGAAUUGUAGUUGAUAAUUUGCUUUUGUUUUACUUAGAGACUGAAGAAAAUAGACAAGGCCAGCAUCUCUUGGUCAGCAGCUGGAUGAUUCUGGUUACUCACUUCCUUAAAACAGUGCAAUCUGCUUUGUAUCUGAAAAGCUCAAGGGGAGCUUCAGUGGUUCCUGAGUGCUCUAAGUGACCCCUCUGCUGCCUCCUUCAUUGGCUUUUUCCCCGUUUGUUCUUUGUUUCGGUAGGAGAGGGAAGCAGUGAUUUUGCUUGUAAACUUUGAAUUAAUAAAACCUUCCUGAGGUUGUGAUAAUGAGGCCACAAAAAGUUGGGAAGCAUUCUUGUCCCCUUGCUUUUUGUGUCUCAAGUUCCCUCUGUCUCCUGGUGUGAUGAGCAAGUAUGGAGCAGUCUGUGUCCCUUUUAUGUGUAGAACGUUGGCAGCAAAGCCAGAGGCGUGAUGUUGGUCAACAUCUCGCUGUUACCUGCACCUGUGUCCCCAAGCUUAUUUAAGAACUCUUCCUUCUAAACUCACUCAUGAAGCCAUGUGCUCACCCCUGGCUGCUGUUUGAACUUGUGGUCAAAAGGAGAAUGGGUGGGAAAUUCCAGAUGAUGCACAUUCUUUUCAGCCUCAUAUUAAUAACUGGAUGUCUAAGGAGUGGAAUUUCAAAGAUCAUCUCCUCAUUUAAAAAUUUUAUCCUCUUGAAAAUUUUAUUAUUAACAAAUUACCUAAAUAAGUUCUUAUGAUCAGUUUCACUUUUUCUGCAAAGGUGAUGUCCUUGAGGUGUACUAAGCCCACAAGUUCAUGUAGUAUUUACCAGGGAGUCAUAAUAACUUGACAUAGUUUAGAAAUGCUAAGGCUUCAGGUUGCCUAGUAAUGUGGUCCCAAAUGCACGAUUUAGACAUGACUGAUUUAUAAAUAAGCAACUUGGUAAAAUCUGAUCAACAUAGAACUAUUACCUGCCAUUUGCUUUCUAAAAGAAUUUCCAAAACCACAGCAAAUGUGUCCCUGAGCAGACUCGGCUCCUUGUAACAUUUUCCUCUUGGCCCAGUCGGUUGCCUCCUCUGAGUCUGUGUGGUGCUGUAGACGUUCUGCUCUGCACCGUGCUAGGAAGCUUCCUGUUUGGCAGCAUAUGUUUGGCAGCAAAGCCAUAGAGACAGGUGCAUUCUAACAGCCUGGGCUCCAGUCCUGAAUCUUACUGAGUGUCAGAAAUCUGAAAACACUUGCUGAGAAACAAAUGUAUUCCAUUGGAAAAACCCUCUGUGGAGCUGUACACCUCUUGGACUCUUCUUCCUAGACUAAGGUUUGCAGUUCCCUUCCUGUCAUGGUAAAAGGAAGAAAGCCUUCAUCGGUCCUUACUGCUGAGUGGCAGGGAGAGGUGGCCCCCACCUCCAGGUCCUCUCUGAUCUUGCAGCUGGAUCUGGCAGUCUCUGGGCGCUUAGCAUGGGUGUCCUUUCCCUAGUUGAGCUGGAAGCAGACGAACCCAAGUAGAGAAGCUAGGUCUUGGAAGGAGAGAUCCAUUGAGGCCAGCAGCCAGACCAGCCAAGGGAGGAAGCUUGGAGAU